AUGGAAGUCAACGCUGGCUUGCGAGAUGCAAUAAGCUGGCUUCCUGACGAGGUCCUGGGAAAGAUCUUGUCCCUACUUCCGACCAAACAUGCUGCUUCAACAUCUGUUCUUGCUAAAAAGUGGAGACAUGUGUUUAGAUUAGUGCAUAAUCUUGAUUUUGAUGACUCUGUGUUGCUUCAACCAGAAGAGUGGCCUGUGAUCCGAGAGAGCUUCAGACACUUUGUGGACAGAACACUGGCUUUGCAACGUGGUUCUCCCAUCAAUAAGUUCUCUCUAAAGCUUCACAUUCACGAGAGCGGAGAGAUGGCCUAUUUGUCUGCCUGGAUAUGUAAUGCACUAGAGCGUGGUGUUUUGGAGAUGAGCCUAAGUCUAAAGAGGAAGCAUGAACUCUUUCUGCCCUCUGAGCUCUCAACGAGCAAGACUCUGGUUAAGCUGACACUGGGAACACAAAUAUAUCUCGACAAGUUCGAACCAGAUGCGUAUCUUCCAGCGCUUAAGAGCCUCGUCAUAGACUCUAUUGUUUUUGAUGGUGACGAUAUGUGUGAUGUGCUUCUAAGUGGUUGUCCUGUGCUGGAGGAGUUAUAUGUACAUCACGAAAAUUGUGAAGGAACCUCAUUCUGUAUAUGUAGUUCGAACAUCAAGAAGCUAUCAAUUUACUAUGACUUUGAGCUUUUAAGGGGUGGUAUGUCGUUUGACACCCCAAGUCUUGUGUCCCUCAACUACCGCGACUAUGCGUUAGAGGAGUACACAUAUGUGAACUUGGCUUCCCUAGUGGAAGCUAGGUGUUACAUGAUAUUUGAGAUAUCCGGUUAUGUUUUCAAUUUCAAAUAA